CGUUUAAGCAGCGAUUCGAGACUGCGGGCUGUGCUUAUUAAACGGCAUUGUCCUGCCACAAAAACAGGAAUGUUGUGCCGCAUGCUCUGGGAUUUGGAGAGCAUUAGUAACAUUCAGUUAAGGGCCGGCUGAUUGUGUUAUGUUUGUGCCUUUCAGAAGGAGAGCUGAUCGUGUGAAGCCGAUGGAUCUGACAUCAUGGGCUAUUUUCCCCUUGCUGCUGGCCAGUAUCGGAGUGUACGGCCUGUAUAAGCUACUGCAGAAGCUGCGGAGUGGCGCCUACCUACAGGCCGCCGUAGUGGUCAUCACCGGAGCAACGUCUGGCUUGGGCAAAGAAUGUGCAAAGGUCUUUUAUGCAGCUGGCUCUCAUCUUGUUUUAUGUGGACGUGACGAAGAGAGAUUAAAGGAUCUAGUGCAGGAACUUAAUAACAUGCGGUUGAAAUCAACUCAGCUGCACAAGCCACACAUGGUGAUAUUUGACCUAUCUGAUGUGGAAGCUGUGAACACUGCAGCAAAAGAGAUCCUGCACCUUGCAGGGAGGGUGGACAUUCUCAUAAACAAUGCUGGUAUCAGUUAUCGUGGCACAAUUCUUGACACAAAGGUCAGCGUGGAUAGAAUGGUGAUGGACACCAACUACUUUGGACCAGUUGCUUUAACAAAAGCUCUCCUUCCAUCUAUGAUCAAGAACAGACGUGGGCACGUUGUUGUAAUAAGCAGUGUUCAAGGCAAAAUAAGUAUCCCUUUCAGAUCAGCCUAUUCAGCAUCAAAACAUGCAACACAGGCCUUUUUCGACUGUCUGAGGGCAGAGAUGUCACCAUAUGAUAUUGAUGUCACAGUUGUAAACCCCGGGUAUAUAAAAACAAAUCUGUCAUUGAAUGCAGUCACUGGUGACGGUUCCGGUUAUGGGGUUAUGGAUAAGAACACAGCAGAUGGAAGAACACCAGAAGAGGUUGCACAGACUGUUCUACGUGCUGUGGGUGAAAGAAGGAAGGAGUUGUUGGUGGCUGGCUUGGUGCCCACUCUGGCAGUAUAUUUAAGAACUCUCGCCCCAACAUUAUUCUUCUCCAUUAUGUCAGCGAGAGCUAAAAGAACGAAAGCUAAAGGAUUCAUAACUAAUUCUAAUCUUAAAGCCAAAAUAACGGUUUGUAUUUAAAAUGUGGUGUGAAAUUUACAAACACCCUCUUUAAGUCAAGACAUUUUCUUGUUUGAUACGUUCAUCAGUAAUGUAACUCCCUCCUCUGUCAUUGAAUAAAUACUAAUUUAAAAUGAUGAUAAAUAUUUUUAUCCACUAAAACCACUCCCUUAAUUUAAAGAGAAACUUGCCUGGGUGCAGGUAAAGUAUCAAUCAUAAAAGGACAUAGUACUGCACUCAUUAGAUCAUGCAAAAUGUAAAUUUAUUAUUAGAAAAAAAAAA